GGUUCUUUUACAGUACAGUGAUCGUGUAUGAGAGGACAGAACUGUUAGCAUUAACGCUUCCACUUUUUCUACAUUCAUUUAAUUAUACAGUUAAUACCGACAUGGGGCUGACGAUUUCUUCCAUAUUCGGGAGGCUUUUUGGAAAGAAGCAGAUGAGAAUACUGAUGGUGGGUUUGGAUGCUGCUGGUAAAACCACAAUUCUGUAUAAGCUGAAGCUGGGAGAAAUUGUCACAACAAUCCCAACCAUAGGUUUUAAUGUGGAGACUGUCGAAUAUAAAAAUAUCUGUUUCACCGUUUGGGAUGUUGGUGGCCAGGAUAAGAUCCGUCCUCUUUGGAGACACUACUUCCAAAACACUCAGGGUCUGAUCUUUGUGGUGGACAGCAAUGACAGAGAGAGAGUAGCUGAGUCGGCUGAGGAGCUUUCUAAAAUGCUGCAGGAAGAUGAGCUAAGGGAGGCCGUGCUGCUGGUUUUUGCAAACAAACAGGAUCUGCCUAAUGCUAUGCCAGUCAGCGAGCUCACAGACAAACUGGGCUUGCAGAGUCUACGCAGCAGAUCGUGGUAUGUUCAGGCUACCUGCGCUACACAAGGCACUGGGCUCUAUGAAGGACUAGAUUGGUUAUCCAAUGAGCUGUCCAAACGCUAAUGCUCCUGGACUAAAGAGAAAAGGAGCAAUGGCAUUUUAGGAAGAAAGAACAUUUAUCUAUAGACUCUGUUAUAAAGAGUGGGUAUGAGAGUGAGUGGGUGAUCUGAACAGUGCUAAGAAGCCAUGAAGCACUCAGCUGUCUUGUCUUUACUUUUCUACACUUUCUUGUGACUGUGCUUUUUAUUUUGCUUCCCUCUGAACCACAUUCCUUUAUUGAAUAAAACAUUGAAUUGCUUGUUUACUUCAAAACUGUGAGACAAUUGUCACGGCAGUGGGCAUUACUGAAAUUUUUUUAUUUAUUUUUAAAUCCACAUUGCACCUAAAUAACUCCUAUAUGUUUCCAGCACAUUCCAAACCGAUACAGUACAUUAAGUACAAAAGAAGGAAAAAUGGCCUUUUUGGUCAGAUCAUGGAUUUACGUUGGCUGUGUUUGGAUUAAAGGGCAGUAUCCAACCGUUUAGUGACCAAAUACGAUUCCUGUUUGUACUCCUAUAGCCAGUUUGGUUGUUAUGGCCGCCAAAGCCGACUGGCUUGCUACCAGCAUAAUUUUUCACAGUGCAUUGUGUUUUUCAUUAGGGCAGUGGUUAUGGUCAUUAACAUAUUUGUUGCAGUUAUUUUUUGAGAAAAUGAGUAAGCGACCUUAGUAAGUGACCUCAGAAAGCACUGUAGACUGAAUGACUUACACCACAUGAAUUACAUUUUAACAUGAAACAUCUAGACAAAUUUGAAUUGGAUUUCAAACCACAUCCAUAUUUGACUUUAAUCUAAAUGGAAAAGUUAGAUUCAGUUAGGUUUGUAAACUGUUCAGACUGCAGUAAAUGGCUACUUUAUCUGCCUGUCUGAACAUGGCAAUAAUAAUGGAGAUUACAGGUUGAUGCUACUAAGGCCUAAACAGACGACACUUUAAUGUUUAAUGACUUUCUAUACUGAAGCAUGACUUAAAUUUGUAAAGGGUGGCCUUUGCACUAACACAUUCUAGAUACAUCCUAAAAGGCUGUGCAGCUUCAAUGUCCAAACUUGAAACUGUUCUCAGUUUUCCUUAACAGCUGGAUUUACAGUUUAUUUUCCGUUAAAAAAUAUCUUCUGAAAACAGUAAGCCCAUAUUCUGAAUCACAAUCAUACAGUGUUGUGCACCAGGAGUAUUGUUAAAAGAGAAGAGAUACCUUUCAUUACUAGCAAAAGGGCAACACCCUUUAUAAAUGUUUUCUUUUUAUGAGCAAGCUGUAAGGUGGUAAAUACACAGCCACUACAGUGAAGUGGACAGAUUGACUGUGACUGCAGUAACAAAUACGUGUGAUGUCAUGUUUCCUUAUUGUUCUUGGUUGUUGUAUUGUUUUUAAUGCUAGCUAAUUCUGGAAUAUGUUAAAUACUCAUGCUUGUGCGUUGUGCAUAUUAUUUGGAAUGCUUUUCUUAAAUAAAAAAAAUUACAU